AUGGGACGCCUGGGAGUCAUCACGAACUUCCCACCUGCCUUCCUCCAUGUCCAACUGGUGGCCAAGCCCAAGAGAUCCCACCUGGCCCACAUCAAGUCCACUCACACCCCCAUCUCCGUCUCCUCACCUCUUGCCUCGAUGCUCCUCUCCAUCCAUCCUCUACCCGGGCCUUCUUUGCCUCCUGGGCCGCUGGCCGCCCCAAGCACCCGCCCAGGGUCUUCCUCCCAGCUGGCUGAGGUGGAGCUGCCCGUCCUUGAUCCCGAGGAUGCUGCUGCCAGUUCGGAGCUUGGAGGAGGCUCCCUGCGGAAGGCCGAAGCAGCGCACAUCUAUGUAGCCCAGGCACCCCGGGCAGCAGGGGGAGAGCCCGGGAACCCUGGGCAGCCAGGGGGAGAGCCCAGGUGCCCCAGGCAGCCGGGGGAGAGCCCAGGCUCUGGGAUCCCGAGGGGCCUCCGGGGGCUGCUCCCCACACAGCCGGGGGCCUGGGCAGAUCCGCUGCCAGCCCUGCCCUGGGCUCCUGGGCUCAAGGAGGGGCGCACACUGGUUGACUGUACGUUGUGUCCUGGCCCUCUGGCUGCGGCCUGUGCCGAGUCUCCAGUUGAGCCUUUGGGCCUUAUCUCCUCCCAGGGCCCAGGCCCGGCCCGGCCCCCUUGA